CCAUCAUAAAUACUCCCAACCAAACUUUGCUCUUCCCCACUCACACCCGGAGUCGCAAGACAGACAGAAGCGUCUCACAAACGAGGACUAAAGAUCAACCCAGGCUAAAAUGGUGAAAGUUGGUAUCAAUGGUUUUGGCCGUAUCGGCCGUCUGGUGACCCGAGCUGCUUUCACCUCUAAAAAGGUGGAGAUUGUGGCCAUCAAUGACCCGUUCAUUGACCUGGACUACAUGGUCUACAUGUUCAAGUAUGACUCCACCCACAACCGCUUCAAGGGUGAGGUCAAGGCUGAGGGAGGCAAACUAGUCAUUGAUGGACACCAGAUCACCGUCUUCCAUGAGAGGGACCCUACUAACAUUAAAUGGGGUGAGGCCGGUGCCCAGUAUGUUGUGGAGUCCACCGGUGUGUUUACUACCAUUGAGAAGGCCUCUGCUCACUUGAAGGGCGGUGCCAAGAGAGUUAUCAUCUCUGCACCCAGCGCAGAUGCCCCCAUGUUCGUCAUGGGAGUCAACCACGAGAAGUACGACAACUCUCUCACGGUUGUCAGCAAUGCGUCCUGCACAACAAACUGUCUGGCCCCCUUGGCCAAAGUCGUCCACGACAACUUCGGCAUUGUUGAGGGCCUGAUGAGCACAGUUCAUGCCAUCACUGCCACCCAGAAGACUGUGGACGGACCCUCUGGUAAGCUGUGGAGGGACGGCCGUGGUGCCAGCCAGAACAUCAUCCCCGCCUCUACCGGAGCUGCCAAGGCUGUGGGAAAAGUCAUCCCCGAGCUGAACGGCAAACUGACCGGCAUGGCCUUCCGUGUGCCCACUCCCAAUGUGUCGGUGGUUGAUCUCACAGUCCGCCUGGAAAAACCAGCUAAAUACGAUGACAUCAAAAAGGUAGUCAAGGCUGCAUCUGAGGGACCCAUGAAAGGCUUUCUUGGAUACACAGAGGACCAGGUUGUCUCCACAGACUUCAAUGGUGACACCCACUCCUCCAUCUUUGAUGCUGGUGCCGGCAUCGCCCUGAACGACCACUUUGUCAAGCUGGUCUCAUGGUACGAUAAUGAGUUUGGCUACAGCAACCGUGUCUGUGACCUCAUGGCACACAUGGCUGCCAAGGAGUAAAUAAACCAGCUGAUAAUACAUCGCCGUCACACACUGCCGGGUUCCAUCAGAUCGUUGACUCUCCCCCAUUACAUGCCUGAGAAAAUUUCCCACCAAACAAAUGAGAUUCAAUUUGUUGACCAAGUUUCUUUUCUUUUUUUUUUUUUAAGUUCUCAGUUCUGUUCUUGUGAAGGUGUGAAAGUCUCUUCCUGUCUGAAGCUCUCAGGCUGCAGACAGUGGUGGAAAUAAAGUCCUUGGUUUGUGAGA